CCGGUUGAACUGGGGCUCCGGGUCGUUUGUGUGCGUGUGUGUGUGUGUGUGUGUGAGCGGACUCUGAAUCAACCGCAUCUAUUGUCGGGACGGGACUCUGGCGCUGGCCGCUCCGGUUCGUCUUCGGUCGGUGGUGCGAAGGAGAAGAUGGAGUUUUUAAUCGGAAACCUUUUCAGCACGCCGAUUGGCACUCGGAUUGAGCUCGCCACCAGCUCCAGCCUGCAGUCGGAGGACUGGGCCCUCACCAUGGAGAUCUGCGACCUGGUCAACGGCUCGGAGGAGGGGCCCAGAGACGCAGUCAAAGCAGUAAGGAGACGGAUUGUGGGCAACAAGAACUUUAAGGAGGUUAUGUACACACUGUCGGUCCUGGAGGCCUGUGUGAAGAACUGCGGCCACAGGUUCCACGUGCUGGUGUCCACGCGGGAGUUUAUCGAGGCCGUCCUGGUCCGGGCCAUCAUCCCCAGGAACAACCCCCCGCUGGUUCUGCACGACCGCGUGCUCAGCCUGAUCCAGGCGUGGGCCGAUGCGUUCCGCAGCUCCCCCGACCUGACCGGGGUGGUGUCAGUCUACGAGGACCUGCGGAGGAAAGGCCUCGACUUCCCCGUGGUGCAGCUCGACGGGAACUCAACCAGCAACCCCGCGGCGCGCAAGCAGAGCUUGCCUGUGAACGGGGCUCUGUCCAUCCCCCCCCACCGGCCCCCCUCCCAGCAGGAUCACCGUGUCUUCAGCCCCGACCAGGUGAAGAAGCUGAAGGCGGACAUGGGGGGGGUGCAGAGCGACCUCACCAUCAUGGCUGACAUGAUGAGUCAGCUGGACCCCGUCACCGCCGCCCACACAGACGUGGAGAGGCUUCAGCAGCUGUACCUGGUCUGCAAGGCGAUGCAGGACCGCAUCCUGGAGAUGGUCCCUCGUCUCAGCGAGGAGCAGCUGAUCGAGGAGCUGCUGGUGGUAAACGAUGAGAUGAACACCACCUUCGCCCGCUAUCAGAGGUUUGAAAGACAAAUGACCAACGGGGAAAGCACAACGCCAAAGACCCCCACUUAUGUCAACUUGACUGAACUGGGGCUGGCCAGCAACUCUGUCGACCAAUCAGACGUCUUUAACCAAUUCCCAGUUGAGGCUGUGUCCAGCCAGUUUGUUAACCUGAGUACCCGGGAAUCGGACUCGGAUGCAGAUUUUCCUCAAACAAACUCUGAAUCUCAUCUCAGAGGAAGUGAGCCGGGGGGAGAUGCUGUCCAGGGCGUGGCCAGCGCCCACGCUCACUGCAUCCAGACUCAUGGAAUGGACCCCAGCCGCAGCCUGUCUCCGUACUCUGACUGGAUGGUUAGGAGGGGAAUGAUUCCUCUCAACCAAUCGAACAUGAUGGACGACGUUGAGAAAUGGUUGGAUUACGAUGACGAGAAUGCUGACUUUGACGACUCGGAGGGCGUGACCAGUGCAGAGUUUGACAGGUUCCUGGCCGGCAGGGCCCAGGCUGCCGAGCGCCUGCCCUCGCUGCGGACCCCCUCCCUGGACCACAGCCCCCCUGGGACCUGCAGCCAAGACCCCCCCCACCUGGACCCCCUCUGAUGGACCUGCAGCCCAGCCCCCCCCCCCCCCCACCUGGACCCCCUCUGAUGGACCUGCAGCCCAGACCCCCCCCCCCCCCAC